AUGAAUUCUCAGAAUGAAGAAGAAGCUGCUUUGAAAGUUUCACAUGGAGAUCAUUCUGGAGGAAGAGGUCGCGGUAAUAGUCGGGGCCGUGGACGAGGCAGAGGCAGACAGAGUUUUGACAAAUCAACAAUUGAGUGCUACCGUUGUCACAACCUGGGGCACCUUCAAUGGGAGUGUUCACAAAAAGAAAAGGAGGUGCAUUUUGUUGAGGCGCAAGAAGAGAUGUUGUUGAUGGCAUAUUUGGAAACAAAUAUUGCCAAUAAAGAAGAUACUUGGUUUCUCGACUCAGGUUGCAGUAAUCACAUGUGCGGGAAGGAGGAGUAUUUCUUUGAUCUUGAUGAAAGAUUUAAAGAUUUUGUGAAGUUAGGCAACAAUUCUAGCUUGAAUGUCAGAGGUAAAGGUAAUAUCAGGCUGCUAAUGCAUGGGAUAUCACCGAUCAUCACAGGUGUAUUUUAUGUACCAGAUUUGAAGAAUAAUUUGCUUAGUAUUGGGCAACUUCAAGAAAAGGGUCUCUCUAUCUUGUUUCAGCGUAAUAAGUGCAAAGUGUACCAUCCUGAAAAGGGGUUGAUUAUGGACACGGUAAUGGCUUCAAAUCGAAUGUUUGCUCUGUCCGGCUAUCCUGAAAGGGGUUGA